AUGUCAGCAUGGGUGACGACGGGAACACUGCAGGAACCAACCAACCAAACCACCCACUGCUCUGAUGAAGCAGCAGAGGCAGCCCCGAUUCUGCCCCAUCGGAUCAAGGUGCGGUAUUGUGCUCUUCUCUUUGCUGGCUGGCUGGCUGGCUGGCUGGGCCACAAUUUGCAUGAAGGGAACCCUGGACGGGGGAGGGGGUGGCUUUUUUUCCCCUCGUUGUGCCUUUUUGCUUUGCUCUGGAUCUGUGUGUUUAGGGGGGGGCCUCGCUCGCAUUCCCGACAUGCAGCAAGCAAGCAAAUGUAGUGUGAGUAUGUGUACUGCUGCGUUAUGUAUGUAUGUAUGUAUGUACGAGAUCUUUUGUCUCCGCGAUCGCGCGAAGAAUUGCUACCUAAGAAUGGAUGGAUGGAUGGGAAAGGGGGGUCUUGCAUU